CACGUACCUAAUCUAAAGGUAUGACUCGAAACUUUCUAACAGUUUGGGAUUGAAAGGUAUUUUCUUCAUCGCAACCUCGCAACCUUAUCACCAAAGAUUUCAACAGCAGGGAUAAGGCAACUUCACCAUGGCAGAUCCCAUCAAGAUCGUGGAAGGGCUGCAUAAUGCAACCCUCAAGGAUCUUAAAGGGACUGAAAAGCGAGAUUCCCUAAUCGCGAUUGAGAAGAAAUACCAGCGAGAAUGGGAAACCCAGAAGCUAUUCAAUGCUGAUGCGCCAUCGACCGCCGAUAUCCCUCUCCACUCUAUAUCCGCUGCUGAGUUGCGAGAGAAGUUCCCAAAGUUCUUCGGAACUAUCGCCUUUCCUUAUACGAAUGGGCGUCUCCAUGUCGGCCAUGCCUUUUCGUUUAGCAAAGUCGAAUUCCACGUCGGCUAUGCUCGAAUGAAAGGGAUCAACGUCUUAUGGCCGCAAGGAUAUCAUUGCACUGGCUUGCCUAUCAAGGCAUGCGCCGACAAACUCGCCAAAGAGGUCGAGAUGUUCGGCCAAGAGUUCGAGAAGUACGAGGAGGAAGGGGAGCCCAUGGUCCAGGCAGCUGCCGCGCCGGCCCAGAGAGAGCGGGAGGACGUGACCAAGUUCACCGCAAAGAAAGGCAAGGCUGCCGCGAAGGCCGUUAAAAUGAAGUAUCAAUUCCAGAUAAUGCAAGCUAUGGGUAUUCCCGUCCAACAAAUACAUCUCUUUGCCGAUCCAGCCUAUUGGCUCGAGUACUUCCCACCUCUCUGCAAGCUCGACUUGAGCAACUUCGGCAGCAGGAUCGAUUGGCGCAGACAAUUUGUCACAACGGAUGCCAAUCCAUACUUCGAUGCGUUUGUCCGCUGGCAGAUGAUCCGACUAAGGGAGUUAGAUAAGAUCAAGUUUGGCAAACGUCACACGAUCUACUCGAUUAAAGAUGGACAGCCUUGCAUGGACCACGACCGUAGUGAAGGAGAAGGAGUGAACCCUCAAUUAUAUGUGGCAAUCAAGAUGCGAGUGCUCGAGUUUGCUUCCAAAGCCCAGGACACCUUAAAGGGAAAACUUCCCGACGAUGCUAAAGUCUAUCUAGUCCCAGCAACACUACGCGCCGAGACCAUGUACGGACAAGUGGCUUGCUUCGUUUCACCCAAGAUUACCUACGGCAUCUACGAAGCCGCCCCUGGAGAAUAUUAUGUGAUGACGGAAAGGGGCGCUAGGAACAUGGCCUACCAGGAAAUAUUCGCCCAAGAAGGUGUCAUCAAGAAGGUUGCUGAAAUUGAUGGCUCGGAUCUUAUCGGGUCGCUGGUCAAUGCUCCCCUAAGCUUCCACAAGGAUGGAGUUCGAGUACUUCCCAUGGAGUCGAUCCUUGAAACUAAAGGCACUGGAGUCGUGACAUGUGUUCCCUCAGAUUCACCUGAUGACUAUGCCACGAUAACAGACCUAGCUAAAAAGGCCGACUAUUACAAGAUCAAGAAGGAGUGGGCGGAGCUAGAUAUUAUCCCCAUCAUCCAGACGCCUACAUCUGACUUGCUAGCCUUGGAACUAGUCAAAAAGCUAAAGAUUGCGUCCCCGAAGGAUGUAAAGCAACUCAAGGAAGCCAAGGAGUUGGCUUACAAGGAGGGUUUCUACCAGGGUCACAUGUUGGUAGGAGAUUUCAAAGGUGAAAAAGUAGCAGAUGCCAAGCCUAAGGUUCGAGCUCAACUGAUUGAAGCUGGUCUUGCCUUCGAAUACGCAGAACCUGAGAAUAAAGUCGUUAGUAGGAGCGGCGAUGAGUGUACAGUCGCUCUCAUGGAGCAAUAUUAUAUUGACUAUGGAGAGGAUAAGUGGCGCACAAUCGCUACUGAAUAUGUUGAGAACAAGGACGGAAAUGGUCUCAAUACUUAUUCGAGCGACGCACGCAAUGCAUUCUUGGGUGUGCUUGACUGGCUCAAGCAAUGGGCGUGCGCCAGGACGUACGGCCUUGGCUCAAAACUUCCAUGGGCGCCUGAAUUUUUGGUGGAGAGCUUGAGUGACUCGACUGUCUACAUGAGCUACUACACGGUUGCCCAUUUCCUCCAUAAUGACCUGUUCGGGCGGGAAAAGGGCACUGGCAACAUUGCACCAGAACAGAUGAUUGACGAAGUCUGGGACUACAUCUUUUGCCGCGCUAGCCUCACUGACGACCUCCUAGCCAAGUCGAAGAUCCCCAAGGAGACACUCGAGUCCAUGCGCCGCGAAUUUGAAUACUUUUACCCUCUCGACCUGAGAGCAAGCGGCAAGGAUCUAAUCAACAAUCAUCUAACAUUUUUCCUCUACAACCACAUUGCGCUGUUCCCUAGGGAAUACUGGCCCAAGUCUAUUCGAGUAAAUGGACACUUACAGCUUAAUGGCGAAAAGAUGUCCAAGAGUACUGGCAACUUCAUGACUCUUGAUGAAGUGGUAAAGAAGUUCGGUGCAGAUGCUUCCCGUAUCGCCCUUGCGGAUGCUGGAGAUGCCAUUCAAGACUCCAAUUUCGUCGAGGACGUUGCCGAUAACACCAUUCUUCGACUACACACCCUGAGGGAAUGGUGUGAAGAGAUGGCUAAGAGCCAGGACCUUCGAACAGAGCUGAAUGACUUCGAAGACGCCCUUUUCGAUAACGAAAUGAACGCUCUUGUACAGGAGGCGAAGAAUCAUUACGAAGACACAAACUACAAGAUGGCUCUCAAGUCGUGCUUCUACGACCUGAUUAACGCAAAAGACGUCUAUAGAGCAGCUUGCGUAGCCGCCGGGAUCCCACUGAACAAGGAGCUGGUGUCUAAAUAUAUGAGGCUCCAAGCCCUGUCGCUCGCCCCGAUUGCGCCUCAUUGGUCCGAGUACAUCUGGCUCGAGGUGCUACACGAGACCCAGACAAUACAGGUAGCCCGAUGGCCUGUAGUGCCCGAGGCGAAUGCUGGCCUUAGCGCGGCCCGUGCCUACGUGCUCACGACACAGUCUAACAUCACGUCGGCCGAAUCAGCGCAGAUAAAAAAAAUGGCCAAGGGAAAACAAAUGAACUUCGACCCUAAGAAGCCCAAAAAGCUGACCAUUUUCAUAACUCGCGAAUUCCCCAAGUGGCAGAAUGAGUGCAUCAAUCUCAUAAGAGAGACGUGGGAUGAGGAGACCAAGACGCAGAAGUGCACUGACAAGGAGCUAAGCGGGCGUAUUGCUAAGAUAGGCAAGGUAAAGGAGGCGAUGCCAUUCGUCCAGCUGCUCAAGAAGAGGCUCCGCAAUGGAGAGCCGGCCGACAUUGUGAUGGAACGUAAAUUAGCCUUCGAUGAGUCCAAGACCAUUACAGCUAUGGUACCUGGUCUAAAGAGAGCGGCAGGGUUGUCGGGCGUAGAUGUCUUAUUAGUAACCGAGGACAGCAAAACGGGAAUCGACCUAAUAAACGGCGGAGAGGUUGAAAUCAAGUCACCAAUCGCCGAGUUAGCUGUACCGGGUCAGCCAUCGUUUCUUUUCGAGAAUGUUGAGGCAUAAUCGAAAGGGGAUAGAUGCGAUAGUGUUAGGUAUAAAGGAAAAGGAAAGGACCAAAAAAAAAAGAUAACAAGCUAACAAGCUCUUGUAUAAUCGCAUGUCCGGGCGGCUUUCAAAUGUGCAAGUAACUAGCUUAACUAACUCUUUUAGAUAGAAGAGUCAUCAAAGGCGAGAUGAUAAUAUACUGAAGCCGAGAUGACGAAUAGGGCCAUGAAGGGGGUUAGUGAGAUAAUAUAGAGUGCAUUGUGGAAUGCUAAAGUAU